AUGAAGAGCUGGGACAGAGGCAAAAGGGCGCCCAUCUGCUGCCCUGAGCUGCGGCGGGUUGCCUCUGGGCGCGGCCCCAUUGGCUCGCGACGCCGUGCUUCUGAAACCGGCUCCCGAUUUCGAAACCCGUCGCUCUCCGCAUCUCUUCAUUUACAGAGGCUCCACUCCCUCGAAACAACCGCAUGGGGAUUGUUCUUUGCCCUGGACCUUGGCCUUGGGACAGGCGAUUGGCGAUUUGGCAUCGACAGCCGUGGCCAAUGGCGGCGCGCGACUCGCUCCCAACCUCGUCCCGGGGGGCGGCGCGUGGCCAAUCAUCGGGCUCGAGGCCAGCGGCAGCCUGCGGCGCUGAGGCGGAUACGAAGGACAAAGGCAACGAAGAAGCUGGAUCAACAGGCAAACGAGAGCGAACCGCAGCCACGGCGCUUUGGGGAUGGAGCAGUCCAGGUCACCUAG